CAGUAUAGUCAGCCACCCCCACAUGUUGUCCAGAGGGGAUGACGGAGAUGGAUGUGGGGUUUGGGUAAAUUGCCAGCGUCCAGGCUGAACUUCCAGUAUGCAGGUACAGUUGCGGACGGGAAGUACGUUUCUCCAUCAAUGAUCGUUUCUUUAUCUUCCCCUCUUGGAAAUGUAAGACGGUGCUACUCCGCGUCAUUAGACUACCUCAAGACUAUUUUCAUUUGUUCCCGCCCUACUCCAUAAUGGUAUUCCACAAGGAAGCCCGGCGGCGCGCCGGCUGGGUUUAUCCUUCGUGCAUGGAGAUGCAUUCUAGCGUGCUAUGCAGAUGAAAAGCAUGGGGUACUAUACAAAUGAAAAGCAUGGGGAGCUUGGGGAAGAGCUCAUAUAUCACGAGCCUUUCCUGGUUUCUGGAUUGCUUCACUGUCCCCUCGAGAUUUGACAGGAAGGAUAGCUAAAGCGGUUACUCAAGCCAAUCGCAGCGGCUUGUAAUCAUGGGUAGCAGCAAUGGCAGUUUCAAGCUGCGUAUCUUCAGCGCUCUCCUCCUUGCGGCCAACUGCGUCACAGGAGUUGCCGCUGCUCCUCCUCAGCAUGGCACGCAUGACUACUCCCAGAAAUUCAGCUCUGUGGCUAUAACUGGGGGCGGCUAUAUCACUGGCAUCGUAGCCCAUCCCACGGAGAAGCAUCUGAUGUACACUCGCACUGAUAUCGGAUCCACCUACCGCUGGAGUGAGCCCAAACAGCAAUGGCUUCCUCUCACCGACUUCAUCGCCGCAGAAAAUGUCAAUUGGAUGGGCACUGAGAGUAUCGCUCUCGACCCUCACCACCCAAACCGGCUGUACCUCGCUCAAGGUCGGUACGUGACGGACACGGAUCCAGCUGCGUUCUUCGUGUCUGAUGACCAAGGCGCGAGUUUCGAUAUUUAUAAGGCGCCGUUUCCCAUGGGUGCGAACGGUCUUGGGAGAAACAAUGGAGAGAGACUGGCCGUCAAUCCCUUCAACUCAGACGAGCUGUGGUUUGGAACACGGACAGAGGGUUUAUGGAAGAGUACGGACAGGGCGAAGACUUGGAAGAACGUCACAAAUUACCCCGAUGCAGCCGGAGACGGAAUUGGCAUCCUAUUUGUGGUUUUCGAUCCAAAGAACAGUGGCACGAUUUAUGUUGGCGCCAAUGUUCCCAAUGGGCUAUACUACACAAAAGACAAUGGCGCGACCUGGCAUUCGAUCCCUGGGCAGCCUUCAGCUUGGGACCCAGCAUUGCUACAUGCAGGCCACGAACCAGCCAGCACUGCACCGCUGCCCAUGAGAGCUGUUCUAGCUCCGAAUGGGAUAUUAUACGUAUCAUUCGCCGAUUUCCCAGGCCCAUAUGCUAUCAAUUACGGAAUCUUCAUGAAAUACAACACGAAGACACAAGUUUGGACUGAUAUCACACCUGGGGCCUCCAACACUUACCCUGCGCCUUUCAAGCCCCAAUCUUGGCCUCCAGGAGGGUUCUGCGGAAUUUCGGUUGAUUCCAAGGACCCAGACACCUUUGUUGUGAUCUCGCUCGACCGUGAUCCGGGUCCAGCACUUGAUAGCAUGUAUUACUCUCACGAUGGAGGCAAGACAUACAAGGACGUCUCCCAACUUUCGACACCCGAGGGAAGCGGUGGAUAUUGGGGGCACCCAAUUUCUCAAGCCAAGCUGAAGGACUCCACGCCCGUCCCAUGGCUCAGUUUCAACUGGAACUCGCAAUGGGGAGGAUAUGGAGCCCCAUCCCCAGUUGUUGGCUUAGCAAAGUUCGGUUGGUGGAUGUCGUCUGUUCUCAUCUAUCCGUGGGACUCCAACCAUGUCAUGUACGGAACAGGGGCGACUAUCUGGGCAACAGAUGAACUCAACAAGGUUGACAAGAACAAAGCACCAGAGUGGUACAUCCAGGCACAGGGAAUUGAAGAAACGGCUGUUCUAUCAUUGAUGAGUCCUACCAAGGGUGCUCAUCUUUUCAGCGGUGUAGGCGACAUCAUGGGCAUGAGACACGUAGAUCUCACUGUCCCACAACCGAUGUACGAAAAGCCAGUGUUCUCCAACUGCGACAAUCUCGACUACGCAGGCCAAAACCCCGAUGUCGUUGUCCGUGUUGGCUCCAGUGGAAUUUCGUACCCCGACGGUUGCGGAUCAGGGCUUUAUUCAAAGGACAACGGAAUCAAGUGGUCAAUGUUCGGCUCGUGCCCGCCAGGGGUUGGCAACCAAACCCAUCUCGCGGGUACCAUCGCACUCGAUGCUUCUGGCAAGUCCUUCGUCUGGGGCACCCUGCCAACAGAAGCUCCCUAUAACGAAACUGGCCCUCCUUCUACACAGGAUUUUGGCAAGACUUGGGUUGUGCCAAAGGGGCUCACUGUCUCGACAAUGAAUGUUGCCGCAGACAAUGUUCAAGCGAAGACCUUCUACGCCGUUCACGGCGGAGUCUUCUAUAUCAGCAGGGAUGGCGGCGUUUCUUACAAAUCCAGCCCUGCGUCUAAGACAGGUCUUCCAGCUGAUGCUGCCGCUGUCCCAGUGACGAGUUUCGACAAAGCUGGUGAACUCUGGCUUCCACUUGGCAAGUCCGGCCUGUGGCAUUCCACCAACUUCGGCACUAAGUGGACAAGGAUUGGACCCAAGGGCCUAGUUGCAAUUUAUUUUACACUUGGGAAGUCAGCACCUGGGCGCUCAAACCCCGCAUUGUUCCUUUGGGGCAAGGUCUCACCUAGUGGGUCCGAGGCGUUAUAUAGGAGUGAUGAUGCGGGGGCAACGUGGGUGAGGGUCAAUGAUGAUACUCAUCAGUACGGAGGAGCGUCGAUUAUUCAGGGUGAUCCGAGGAUUUAUGGACGUGUCUAUAUUGGUAUGUUUGGGAGGGGGAUUGUCUAUACUGAUAUUGCAGGGAACAGUGGGAAGAAUGUGCCCGGGACCUUUGGAAUAUGAUGUGAGAAUAGCACUCGUAUAGCCUCUAGUCUUAGGAACUUAUUACCAAGCCAC